UUGUGUUUGUUUCUAGUUCUAGUUGUUUUUAGAAUAAAAAUAGAAUCCCUAAAAAUUUGUAGACUGGACUCACUUGGUCAGUUAGAAAGCAACAAACAGGCAUUGCAGCAACGCCACUGGAUAUCGUUGUCGUCUCACUCUCAACUUUCACCUAUGACUCUGUCCAACAAGAAGGCCAACUACGCUGAUCACAUUGAUCGAAUCAGUGACUUACCAUGUAAUGUCAUUGAUGGCAUCCUAAAACAUUUGAACAUUCAAGAGCUAGUUUGUACCAGUCUCCUGUCUAGAAAGUGGAGGUAUGUGUGGAAUACAGUCCCACAACUUGUGUUUUGUGAAGACUUUUUCUUUAGGUUCAAGUUCAAGGAUCUCGAUGAUCCUAGCCCUGACAUUAAUAGAAUUAUCAACGAAGUUCUUUUGCAACACAAUGGUCCGAUAUAUAGGUUUACUCUGGACAUCCCUUGGUUUUCCAAUAUCUUGAUCACAGCCGAAUACUUCAAUAAGUGGCUUCUGUUUUUGUCAAAGAGAGGCAUUAAAGAUCUUGCGAUUUUCAAUUAUGGAAUAUUUUCUAAUAAAAUGCCAUCUCAUGUCUUCUCUUGUCAAGAAUUGACUCACUUAUGGUUUGCUGGAUUUAACGUGUCUGUUCCGCCCAAUUUCUGUGGCUUAAAAAGUUUGCUUGUCCUUGACUUACAACGUAAUACAUAUGAGUUUGGUGCACUUGAGACUCUUAUGUCUGGCUGCCCAUUACUUAAAGAGCUUAGCAUAGAAUUAUUUGGAGAUAUCAAGUCAAUUUGUCUCAAGAAAGCAAAGAAUUUGAUUGAUCUUCGACUCAUGGUUAAUCAGGAAAGUGUAUCUGGUUUGAUCAAAAGUUUACCAAAUAUUCAGAGGCUCACUCUAGAAUCAUGUUGCGACAAGACGCUCUAUGCAGAUAUCAUUUCUCCUUCACAUCUGAUAAGCUUAAAGUAUCUGAAAUUACAUUUUGUGAGUUUGGAUGAAAGAGGAGAGCUUUUUUAUAUUGUCAGUGUACUCAAAAGUGCUUCUAACCUGGUGGAACUUGUUAUAGAGAGUAACAACAUUAGUGGUGGACAAGAGCCUGACCAAUUGGAGGAGUUAGAACGCGAUAGUUGUUGCUUUAGUCAACUUCAGACAGUGAAUAUCAGAGUUGGAACCACCGACUUUAAACAUGCAAUGAGUUUGAUACAGUUAAUACUUGCAAAUUCCUCAUCAUUAAAGACUCUUGCUUUUAAAGUUGAUUUUGGUCAUCGAAAAUUGGAUCCUGCCGUGCUGUUGAGCAUUUCACGAAAUUUGUUACUAAUGGAACGAGCAUCACAAAGAGCACGUGUUGAAUUUACUCACUGAAAGAUAGAUUUUCAAUUGUGAAAAGUAUUUGAUUUUAGUUUUCAACACCACAAUUCCCAACACUUAUAAAUAACAUUUUAUAAGCAUGUUUUUGUGAUCAGCAUUCCUCAGGAAUGGUUUUGCAGUCAUCAAAGUCUUGAUCUUAUGCCUCCUAAAAAUUUUCCUGAUCAUCUUUGUUAGUUUCUUAACAUAAAUCUAGUGAAGCCUGAGAACUUUAUCUUCCAUGUUUUCUACCUGUUUCAGUAGGCCGGUCAAAAUUGUCGAUUUUAUUGGCAAGUUCAUCUUUUAUUUCUUGGUUUUCUCCUUCAGCGGAUGAUCUAUUUGCACUCUUGAAUUCGUACUCGGUAUCUCAUCUUUGAAAUUCCUUUGUAUCUACUUAUCCGGCUACUUAGCGAUAUAGAAAUGCUUCUUUAUCAUUUUAUCCUACCUCGGUGAAUUACCUUUUCUA